GCUGGCUGCAGCUGAGCCGCGGGCGGACCGGCAGCGAGGCCCGGCUGGUGGCUCCGCUCCGCUGCGGGAGACGUUUCCCUGCUCGCCAUGGCCGCCCCCGCGGGGCGCAGGGUCCCCCUGGCGCUGGGGCUGACCGGGCUGGCGUUUGCCCUCUGCGGCCUCGUCCUGCUCUUCGUCCUGCCCAGCAUGGUCCGGGACCAGGUCAUCAAGAACGUGAGGCUCGAUCCCAAUAGCGUUGCCUUCAGUAUGUGGAAAGACAUUCCUGUUCCUUUUUACCUGUCAGCCUACUUCUUUGAGGUGAUGAAUCCAAAAGAGAUUCGUCUGGGAGCCAAGCCUGUGGUGAAUCAGCGUGGGCCUUAUGUUUACAGAGAAUACAGGUAUAAAACCAAUAUAACUUUCCAUGACAAUGGUACAGUUUCCUUCCUGGAAUACCGGAGAUUUUACUUCCGUCCAGACCUGUCUGAUGGGAUGGAAGAGGAUUACAUUGUUGUGCCAAACAUCCUUGUGAUGGGCGCAGCCAUUAUGAUGGAGAAGCUACCUCACUUUUUGAAGGUGUUAAUAAGUGGCGCACUGGCUGGCUUGGGACAGGACGCUUUUAUGAACCGAACCGUGGGAGAGAUCAUGUGGGGCUACGAUGACCCGCUUAUAGACGUGCUGAACAGUUUUGUGCCUGGUUUGAUCCCUUUCAAGGGGAAGUUUGGCUUAUUUUUGAAUUUUAACAACUCGAAUACAGGACUGUUCACUGUGUAUACUGGGGCCACAGACAUCAAUCAGAUCCACAUAGUGGAUACAUGGAAUGGAUUAAAAAAGGUGAAUUACUGGCGCUCCAAUGAGUGUAACAUGAUCAAUGGGACUUCUGGAGAGAUGUGGCCUCCUUUCAUGACCCCUUCCUCCUCUCUAGAGUUUUAUAGUCCUGAUGCCUGUCGAUCCAUGAAGCUAGUGUACGAGCAGUCUGGAGUAUUUAAAGGGGUGCCGACCUAUCGAUUUGUGGCUCCGAAGACUUUAUUUGCCAAUGGAACAGAUUACCCACCAAAUGAAGGCUUCUGCCCCUGCAGGGAAUCUGGAAUCCAGAAUGUCAGCACUUGUAGAAUGAAUGCACCAGUGUUCAUAUCCCACCCGCACUUCUACAAUGCUGACCCUGUCUUGGUGGAAGCGGUCGAUGGAUUACAUCCCAAUAAGGAGCAGCAUGGGCUCUUCCUUGACGUUCAUCCGGUCACAGGAAUUCCAAUGAACUGCUCAAUCAAGCUGCAACUGAGUCUGUAUAUAAAGAAGGUCUCUGGCAUAAGUCAAACAGGACAGAUUGAGCCGGUUGUCUUGCCUCUACUUUGGUUUGCAGAGAGCGGAGCCAUUGAAGGUUCAGUCUUAAAGCAGUUCUACACCAACCUGGUACUGAUCCCAUCUGUGCUGGAAUAUGUGCAAUAUAUCUGCAUCGGUCUAGGUGUCGCUUUGAUUGUUGCUGCCAUUGUACUGGAGGUAAAGAGAAAGAGACACGCCGGAGAGAAGAGCCCACGAGAGCCAGACCCACAGACUGAACCCCCUUGGUCUUCAGAAACAACACCACUCCUUCAAGACGCUAGUAAAACAAACCAGAAUGAUGACGCUGAAGCCUGAAGUGCCAAUCUCUUACAGGAGGGCGAUUCCCACUGGUACCUGACUGUGCUUAGGGAUCAGACUCACUCUGGGUCCAUUGGUAGGAUCCUAGACAGGAGAUGCAGAGUUGGAUAAAAUAACUGAUUCUGAACUCUCUUGAGAGGCACAAAAUAAUCUCCGAGGCUAUUGAACUGUAUUGCCACGGCUCUUACGUCCUGCACCAAGACACGAGAUGAGGAUAAAACCACUUCAGUCCUAGCAUUUGAAAUACAAAAUAUUCAACAUUUGUUGGCCUGGGGCUGGCAUGGGCUGAGACCUCUCACCUGCUACUUCCAGCCUGGUAGGGAUGAAGAAUACCUGCUGGCUAAUCCCCUGAAGUCCUUUCCUCGCCCACAUAGUGUCUUUCCACUUAGAAGAUGAGAAUCCUAAAAGAAAUAGGCACUUUAAUAGCUAAUCCUUUAAAGCAAACAAGGUUUACCUGUGGUGUAGAAAUAACUGGUUUAUAUAUAAAAAUGUCUAUUUAACAACCUGUGCUGCUUAGGCUUAUGGAGAGGUGCUUACUAAAUAAAUCGACACUGGCUGAAGCUCACUUCCAUUCAGGAGGCUAACACUAAUCUGAGAACUGGAUGGGAUGGAUUCAUUUGCUCAAGUUCACUGAAUGGAAAUGAGUUCUCAUGUGCCCCACAUCUUGAGACGUAUGCUGCCAACUUGUUUAAUAUACGAGUAUUAGGCUAGGCAGCCAUGUGCGGGUGUAAGAGUCAAGGCUGUGAUUGCUGUUCUGGAGGGGUGGUGCGCUAGACUGAAGGCUCGCUCAUCACUACUUUAAAGCAUAGUGGGUUUUUCCAAAAUGAGCAACUUGGUUCAUCUGGCUAGUUGGUUCCAAGUGCCAUUGUUGAGACAUGUGGCAGUGGCUCUCAUUUGAUUUCUGCCAAAGAAAUAUUGUUUAGCUCCCUGGCUAUCCCACCCGCACUUCUGUGGUGCACUCAUGCAGAAGCCACUGACUUUUUUUUAACUUUACAAGUCUUUAGUUUUUUCCCUGGAUUUCAAAUUAAUCGAAGCUCUUCUACCUACCCAGAGCCAACCAGGUGCAUUGCCUUGUUCCACACGUGACCUCAGACUCUAGUAGAACCGUGAGAAAUGUCUUUAAUCGUGACACUGUACAAUGUCACCAUGGGUAAGAGCUAUUCCAGAGCUGCUCCAUUCCCCAGUCAGCUGAGAUCUCUUCCUUGCAGUGACACUUGUGCUGCCCCGUAAGGAUGGGAACUGAAAACUAGCUGGCAGAAUGGGAGGCAGGUUGCACUCCAGCCAAGAAGACUUUGUGGCUGUUUUGUAACAGCAGAGUGAAAAUAGUCGUUCUGCAGGCAGUGUUCCCUGUAGCUUUCCAGGCUGUAAAGCCUUUGCCAUGUCAGGCGAUUCCAUAACUCUUAGUGGGUGGCGCUGAGGGCAUCUUAAAUGCGGCAGACCAGCAACAGCUGAAAUGUAACCAAAUGGUAGGAAAACCACUCCUAUAGCUUCAGCUUUGUGUUGCAAGUACUGAUGGCAGCAAAGGACUUUCCUAUGUGAAGCACCGGGAUGCAUGGGCCAUACACAACGUAGGGCUUUCAGAGGAGUUGAGGAUUUUUUUACCAUGCAAAUUGCUAUUAACUGCUGUGCCCUAAGACUGCUUGGAUCAGGGCUCUGAGAACACUCUCAGUGGGCUGGGGUUAUGGCUCUUGUGCUAGUGCUGGGCGUGCCCAGCAGGUAUGGGAUGUUGAGGGACAUGUCUCAAGACACUAGCUUAGAUCAUAGACUCUUCGCAAAUGACUUGUAGGGUUCGCACCCCACCUCCGAUCUCAGCUGACUCUGCAUUCUGUCAAGCCACAUUUGAACGUCCCUAGUGGAGCAAGUGUCUGGUAGAGCACAGAAAAAGGAAGCUAUCAGGCUAUUACUUGUCUUUCUCCCCCCCCCCCCCACCUUUCUGUAGUUAAAGCUUUAAUACCAGUGAUGGCUGUGCCAGAAGCCUUCCUGGGGUAGCCUGAAAUUGCGUAACAUGCACUAUGUUGGAUUAGGAAAGCUAGCUGAGGAAAACUCCCCUUGCAUAUAAUACAAGGACAAUAAAGCUUGAAGGCUGAGACUAUCAAAGCAUUAGGGGCACCCUCAGAAGACUUGGCCAAAGCAUAGUUGUUGGCCUCUGCUCAAAAUCCUGAGCCCAUCCCUGACUGUUCCAUCGGUUACUUGUGGUGCUUCUAAAGCUGCCUUUUUAAGGGAUAUGUGCCAUUUGAUGUACUGUAUCAAAUAGUGGACCUUUUAAGUGAAUCUUCUCUGGUUGCUUCAUUCCCUUAAUGGAAGGUUCCUCAAAGUCCCUCCUGCAUCAUGGUGCUGUGUGUUGGGGUGGGGGAAGAAGGGAACCUAUGUGCUAGCUGGAUAACACACUGCUACCUUGUAGGUAAUCAGUUACGUCAUAGUCAAACAUGAUCUGUGGACUUGUGUCUAAAACAGCUUCAGCAUCCUAGAGGGUGUGUAAGUGGAAAACAGGGCACAAGAGCGGGAGGGAGCAUGAGCUAGUGAUGCCUGAAUACAAGCAGCUCUAGUUUGGGUCAAGACUGUCCUUAAAGUGGAUUUCAAAAUCUGCCAAACACUUGUAUGUGAUUCAUUGGUUACGAUUUAUCUUUUUAUAAGCUGAUGGUAACUACCAAACUGGAUAUUAGACAACUGGAAAAUUUUCACUAUCCAAUAACCAUCAUUCUGAGUGUAGGUUGCCUUGAGGGUUUUAUAGCUCUCAAGUGUCUGUACUACUGAAAGGUGUGAGGUGCUGGUGCUGAUCACUCUCCUUUCUAUGGGGAAAAUGCUACUGUAAUACACCUAACACUUACCUGCUAGUAGCAGAGAAAGUUAAUGAAUCUUCAUAAAGAAAGAUCAAACAUCCCUAAAGUAGCAAACUCACAUCACAAUGCAAACUGCAGGCCUUUGAAUCACUUACUAUUUCUGAACAAACGCUUCCCUUUCUUAGCACUAGUAUUCUUGAAAGAAGCUUCAUUUUUUUUAUCAAGAACUGUUGUGAUAACUUUCCUCUGUCAUCUUCAGGCCAAAUUGUACAGCAAGGAACUGAAAGGUUUUAUAGUGCAAUCACCCAGGUCCCACUGAUUAAGAGCAAAAUAAAAAAAUGUUCCCAAUUCAAA